AUGAAGACUGUUGAACCAUUCCGUGUGUUUCUAACCGUUAUGGUGUUGAAAACUUUAUUUCCUUACUCGCUCGGUAAAAAUUACACUAACGUGAUCGAUCUCCGAACGGCUUUGCUAACAGAUUACCACGCGGAUAUUGUGCCUCUAGCAAACCAGUCGUCCACCAUGAAGGUGAACGUUACGCUCUAUCUUUACUCGUUGUUGGACGUUGAUAGCGUUAAGGGGUCAAUGACGAUGCCGCUAAUGACAAUGUGCACGUGGAUGGACGAACAAUUAACAUGGACGCCGUCAGAUUACGGAGGUGUUGAGGAGAUUGCGUUCUACCAGAGCGAGGUUUGGAAACCCCCAUUGAGCCUUGGUACGCCCGUCGAGUUUGUCAUCAUGCAAAACGACAUGAUGCAUGUGAUUGUGAUGUAUAACGGAAUGGCCAUGAUGUCCCCUGGAAAUAUCAUCGAGAGCGCCUGCACUUUCAACAUGAAGUUCUGGCCCUUUGAUAAACAGGUAUGUGAUGUGAGUUUCUGGGCCUACGAUGUUAUAGACAACCAAGUGGAACUAAAUAUUCCUGACGACGGUUUUGUCAGCCUUGUGACCAAAAACGCUGAGUGGAUAUUAGAAUCUACGAGGUUCUUCAAACGGCAGUCUGGAAUGAUGAAAGAAGUCGUUUUUUCGGCUGUACCUGAAACGCCAACGGUCUGUGGCCUCACAGAGACUAUGAUCGCAAUCAUGACUGAGGUACUGAACGCCAAACAUGAAAAAGAAAAACAGCCAGGAUGGUGUAAAGCGUUUGUAAAAGCCUCACAAUAUAAGUUUUGUUUCAACAACAAAGUCGAGGAUGAACUUCAACAUGAUAACAGAGCGGCAAAAGGAAAGCCUACAUCAGCGAAAAGAAAUAAAUCCCUAGCAUCCAACAAAGAAACUAUUCUAAAAAAAGAGAUUGAUGACAGAAAAAUAGACAUAGAUAACAAUAGCGAUGAGGAUACAGAUGAGACGUCUCAGUGGAAACACCUCUGUGAUGCGAUAGACAAAGUUUCAUUUUGUUUUUUCUUUUGUAUUUGUUUGCUAGUUACAAUUAUUCUUAUGGCCUACAUGAUUGCUGGCUCAGCGUAUGAAGAAUAUUGA